AAGGAAUGGGAUUUUCAAUUCAAAGUUUUUACGAUUUAAGACUGAAUUCAAAAAUUUUAUUUAAACUGUAUUUCGCAGUCGGAUCCUUGUGAAGAACAUAAAAUUCCAGCUUGAUAGCUAUAAUUAAUUGUGUAACCAAUAGAAAUGGCGAAGAAGCAAUACUACAAUAAGGGGCAUACUGACCCUACUUGGUUGAUUUUUAAAUUUAAUUGACGGAGUUUGAUUAAAUCGACACAUAAUUGAUAAUUUUUUCACUAAUCCUGAAUUUUCCUUCAUGUGGGACCAUCCAAUCUACACCAUAUUUUAAAAUUUUAUGAAAAUAAGAUUAAAAAUAGUUGGUGAUAUGUCCAUUAAAUAGAUCUGACUAAUCACAUGGUUCCAAAUUUGUUCCUACGUGCCUAAAAAAUGAAUGCGAGUUGCGAUUUUCGAUUAAUUAUUUUUAACCACACGAUAUUUUCAAUAACGAUGCAAAAGGAAUAAAAUAAAAAUUUAUAAAUUACUUAUCAAAAAAUAAAUGUAUCCAUUUGUAAACAUUUCUUUAACUCUCGGACUACUAUUGAAGUUUAAACUAUUUUGUCUUACACUUCGUUUAUUUUUAGAUAAACACUUUUACCCAUUUUCUUUUUCUAAUUUUUUUAAAAGAUUAAAAUAGACAUUCCAAACAUCGACUUAUUGUUAUAAUGUACUGAUAUCGAUAUAUCAGUACCUUGUUCGAUAACAAGGUAAUCUUGAAAUCUGUCGAUAUUUAGUUUUAUAUUUACACCCGGUAAAUGUGAAAGUUUUUUAAAUGAAAUAAAUUAACUAAAAAGAAUUAUCUAGAUAAAAGAAACUAAAAAUAAAAAUAGCCAAUUUUCCUCUAUGCGACCAGUUAUAAUUUUGAAAUGUGAUAUUACAACACUUGAAAAAUUAUAACUAAAUUGGAAAAACAAAAAUAAAAAUAGAAACCUUCUAUAACAUGUGAUAUUAUAACGUUUAGUUUCGAAACCAUGACAGUUUCAAAGUCAUGUCUCUGUAACCUAACCCAGUGGCUCGCCACUCACAAAUCAUGCAAGUUUUGAAAGGUAGUUUACAUAAAUUAGCGGUUCAUAACGGAUUUCUGAAGCGAUGCUAUUACGAUGAUUCAUCUUCACUCUACAGGAUGGUUCCUAUUGUAGUCGAGAAGACAGGUAGGGGUGAGAGAUCCUACGACAUAUUCUCAAGGCUACUCAAGGGCCGGAUCAUCUGCGUCAUGGGGGCGAUCAGUGAUGAAAUGUCAGCUCUCGUGGUAGCCCAACUGCUGUUCUUGCAGUCAGAGAAUACGAAGAAGCCGAUACAUAUGUACAUUAACAGCCCAGGGGGCAGCGUCACCGCUGGGCUGGGUAUCUACGACACUAUGCAGUACGUGACAGCCCCAGUUGCUACCUGGUGCGUUGGGCAAGCGGGGAGCAUGGGAAGCCUGCUACUAGCAGCUGGAGCCAAAGGGCUACGCCACUCACUACCGAACUCGAGGAUCAUGGUGCACCAGGUCUCAGGGGGGAUAAAGGGACCUGCUACCGAUAUAAAGAUCCAAGCCGAAGAGAUCUUGAGUCUUAAGAGUAAGCUGAACCGCAUAUACGCCUACCACACCGGUCAGUCAGAAGAAAUAAUUUCGAAAAUUAUGGAGAGAGAUAAAUAUAUGUCUCCUGAUGAAGCCAAGAAGUUUGGGCUUAUCGACAACGUAGUUGGAAUGCGAGACGCAAUUCUGGAACCUCCGCCUUCUCCUGUUGAUCAUCCAUUACCGACUCAAGGAAAGCCAGUAAACGUUUGAUCUAGAUUUUCCUUGACAGAGUUAACAAAGUAAAUAUAUUUAUCUAAGUCUA